AUGUCUAUUCCUCGCAAUGACUUCCUUACACUCUGGAAACUCUCCAGAACCGGAGAUGAAGCCAAAAUCCAGGAGCAUAUCGAGGAAUCCGACGCAGUGGCACGUAACCUAGUGAACCUCAAACAUCAUCGUAAGGGCACUUCGCCGCUCAUGGAAGCCGCUUCAAGCAAGUGCAAUGAACCAGUUGUAGCUCAGCUCAUUGCAGCCGGCGCUGAUGUGAACGACGUCGAUGACACUAAGCUCAAAAACACAGCCCUUCAUUACGCCGCAAUGACAAACGUGGACCCACUAACUAUUGAGGCGUUGUUGGAGGCGGGGGCAGAUGCCUUUGCAAUCAACCGCAAGGGCUUUACACCGCUGGAUGUUGCUCGCCAAAGCGGCCGAAAGACUGUUGGUGCGGCGCUGUUGGACCAUAUGAAGGUGCACGCUGGAUGGCUGUUCCUGCGUGGCAAGUUUCACUGGAAAAAGCGUUGGGCUGUCGUCGUUGCCUGUAACAAGCAGCGUACCUCCACUGAGCUUUGCAUCUUUCGCCGUCUGAGCGACCUUCGUCCUUCCGUAGUUAUGCUUAUCGACGAAGCCGCACGAAUGAUCCACUUUUCGUCCACAGACAGCUACUCGUGGCUUCAACGCGACAAUGCAUUUGUCUUUGAUAAGCCCGUCAUGUGCCAUUACGUGAAGCGAAAGAAAUUUACGCGCGCACCAAUAUGCAGAAAGACAAUGAGCCUGGUCGACGUCGAGACGGUCCAUUGCGUAUUCGCCGCUGACAGCUUGAACAAUUUGGCUCAAUGGCGUCGCGUACUGGAGAGCUCCAACUUUUAUUCGCGUGAGGAUCAAACCGUCUUGCAUCGGUCGUCGCUUUUUGAUUCUCAAAACGGAGAGCUGUACUAUUGGCCGCAUGAACUUGUCGAGAACUUGCGUACAACAAUCUUGCAGGGACAGGAACAAGAGCGAGAGCAAGCUAACGAUCCGCUAUACCAGCGUCUCCACGCUACAUCCGAAGAACGUCGUACAGCUCUUGCUCCAGCUCCAGUCACUUCCAAUGAACUAGCUCCUGAAACAGUUCAGACUUCAAUACAGCCUCCUUCCUUGAACAAGGAGUCGAUUGGUGCGCCACACCAGGACCUUCCAAGACAUACUACACCUACUGAAGGAGCUGAGGAGCCAGUAGCGAUGCAAAAUGACGGUCGAAACCGCGUGCAUUUUGCUCCUCCUCAGUCUCUGACCAAUGCCAAAGUGCCACUGACAGCAGAGUCUCUGCAUACAGACGUCCAGCGAACAGAGUCAAAUGUCAGCAUUGUGAGUGGAAGCGAUGGCAAUUCUGAUGUUCCCGGCUUUGUAACGGGAAUUGUUGUUAUGAAUGGUAGUGAGUCACAAGAAUCGCAAUGGCAGCCAAACUUAAUUUUCCAGGAUAAGAACGAAAUCGAGAGCAAAGAAGAAAACAAUCAGAAGCAGCAUCAAGCACGAUCGCUGUCUCCUGAAUCAAUCUGA